ACCGCCGCCUCCUCCUCUAUAUAGGGGGGCACUUUCCUACCCACCUCCAUCUCCCCUGCCUCCUCCAUGGCGAACCUCCCCACCCACGCCACCAACGCGGACGCCUCCGCCUUCAAGCUCUUCGGCCAGGUCAUCCAGCCCGACGCCCACCGCGCCGCCUCCGCCCCCGCCUCCACCUCCAUCUCCGCGGGACAGAGCGCCUCGGCCCCGCCGCCUCCUCCUCCUCCCCCGUCGACGACGCAGCAGGCCGCGGUCGGGGGCGAGCCGUUGCCAUGCCCGAGGUGCGGGAGCAGGGAGACCAAGUUCUGCUACUUCAACAACUACAACGUGCGGCAGCCGCGCCACCUCUGCCGCGCCUGCCGCCGCUACUGGACGGCCGGCGGCGCGCUCCGCCGCGUCGCCACCGCGACCCCGGGCCGCCGCAGGCCUCGGCCCAGCGCCCGAUCGGCCGCCGCCGCGGCCUCGGCGACCGCCUCCGCCUCCGCCUCCGAGGAAGGGGCAGCAGCGGAGAGCGUUGACUCGCGGUCGUAGGCGCGUGCCCGCGGCGUGGUGGAGCCCUUCCGAGAACUCGCGCGCGUGCGUGCGUGGUGGAGCAAGAGCAAAUGCUCCGUCCCUCCUCCGCUUCCGGGCCGACGCGUCGGAGGCACCGCGACCAUCACCUGUCCACCUUUUGGCUCCGUUGUUUUUUGGGGGGAUUAUAAAUUAUUACUAUUGUUAUCAUUGAUCGAUGUAGGUUCCAUUUCGAUACCAUUUUAGGAUUCUUUUGGGUGGCCGGAAGGAUACGGCCACGGCCAGCAAUAUGAACGGAAGAGAGGAAAAGAAAAAUACUCCUGCCUAGUUGAAAUGAAUGUACUUUCUUCCUUGUGAGCCGUGGCAAUGAUGAUGAUGAUGAUCUUUUCUCUUC